AUGUCAACCGUCACACGUAAGCUCGUACGUGUCAAGCGCAGACGUGGCGAAGACCCCUUGGACACCGUAAUCUUAUCCACAACAUCCAAGAAAACCAAGUUAGAUCAGAGUGGUGGUUCGUCAAUCCUACAAGAGACACAACAACAGAAUGGUACAGAACUACCUUCCAAUGGAUCGCAUACAAAUGGGGAUGAUACAGUCGAUGUUGGCAGUAGCACUGAUGUGCCAGCAGUGGCUUCGAAAGGCGGAGGCGCGGUGAUUAAGCGAGUGUUCAGAUUCUGUCAAACUUUGGAAACGGAACACGGCGAAAAGGCUAAGGCAAGGGAUUUUCACGACCGAGAAUUCCAACGCAGCCAAAACAUUAAUAGAGGAGAUAUAGAAGAAAUGCCUCAAUCACAACCACAGUCACAUACACACACACACAGACACACUUAUAGGCAAAGUUCGAGUAUGGAUGCGAAUGGUCAUAGAAUAUGUAAGACUAGCGAGAAGACCAAUAUAACCAUUGCUGAUCUGCGUACGAAGUCACGGCGAGAGAGGCAAGUGAAUGUCAAAGCAGCCAGGUAUAAGACCGUCCUCAACAAACGCUCUGGGUUUAUAGAGAUGUUCCAACCUAUACAUGAAGAUAAGUCACGCAUGAAUAGUAUCAGUAAUAGUAGUAGGAAUGCGAAAGGAAAGAUACCUACAGUAAAAUCAUCGGUGCCGUCACAGACCUUCGGCGUGGAUGAGGUGGACGAUGAUAAAGAUGAGUUUGUGUAUGAUAUAUAUUAUGAAGAUAGAGAAGAAGUGAAUACAGAUGAUAUGGCUAGUCAAGAUGUAAGUCUGAAGAAUCUUGAAGGGUACUGCGUGCAGGUUGAAGCGUUCGAGGAAGAUCUGAUGGACACGGCGAGCGGGGGUGAGGAGUACGCAGAGUCACAAGGCGAGGAUUCUAACGCCGAAGAUUACGCAGGCAAUGAUUACCCCGAAGAUGAAGACGAGGAUGAGACAGGGUAUGAUGAUGCAUUGGAUCUUACUAGUGAUGACGAUUCAGGCAAUGAUGCCAGUGGCAAUAAAGCUUAUGGGCAAUGGUCUGGGAGAAGCGGCCGCACGGGCAGGAAUGUGUAUGAUAGUGAUAGCGAUGGCGAUGGGGGGGAUGUGGAUCCGUACUCAUUUGAUGACAUGGAAGAUGAGCUGGACGACUUAGGAUAUGGCCUGUAGUUAAUACAGUAUAUGCUAUCAAACGCCGAUAGUAUUGCUAAUCUCCAAAUGGGGAUAAAGUACUGUUGGUAAGUACGCGGAAAAUGGAAGUGUAGAGUAUCAGACUGACGGUGUUCGAACGGUGAUUAAGCAAGCAAACAAUAGAAUGGCACCCUGGGAUAGAGUAACGAGUUGGGUGAGUUCGACAGUGAACUUCAAUUAUGUAAAUUCCUUCAGCAUUUGUCUCUCAGAAUAUGGAUUGAAAGAUAUUAACCGGUGGACGAGUUCUCAACGACGAAAGAUGAGACAUUAUUUGGAGGGCAUCGGGACGCAGCUGAAAGCCAGUAUAAAAUCAGCAUAGAGGUGGUGGUUAUGCUAAAACAGAUGUGCUAAAUUAGUGAAUAUAAAAGGGGUGAUAGCGGCAGUGAUAUUGUCUGCCAAUGUCGCUACCUUUUGUGAAUCUCUAUGCCUUUAGGAGUUCACGCAAUAGCAAUAAUGACCUAAGCUUCCUUAUAAUUACAAGGGCUUUAGGCUACACAGCUUCAAGUUAUCCUUGUUGGUCGAAUUCAGCUGGAUGAUAGCUCAAAUCGGUGACAGAUAGUGUCGAACACGAAUGAAGGAUCUAUUCGCCUAACGUAAGUGCUGUCGACGGCAGGACAAGAUCACACCAAUGAAUAUCGAGUUCUAUGACGAUCAAGUCGUUUAAAUUCUCUUAGAAGUAGCUGAGCACGAGUAAAACUCAAAGCAAUUGUCAGGAUAUACAGGAGAAGAUCCAUUAGGGGUCAUCAUUCUGUGUGUACGUCCUUCCCGGGUGAAAGCUUUCUACUUUAGAAGUAUAGAUUGUGGGUAACUGAAUAAAUACUGCAAAAUACGGAAUCACAAUGCAUUUUCCGUUCGUCUGCCCCAUCCCAUCA